CCGGACGCGCUCCUAUUGUCCUGCUAUUGUCUGCAGCAAUGCAAAAGACAAUUGACAAAAGCCAUGGCUGCCCCGAGUGUCUUCCCAUUCUCCCCUUCGCUCUCUUCAUCCUGCGACAUCUGUUCGCGUGCGCCGUCGCCAGACGAGCCUCGCAUUCGACACUCUCGCCAUGCCUGCUACGACCCCAAUGACACCUAACGCCUCUACUUUCGACCUCGAGCAGAACCUCGAAUCCACCACCACUGUCAAUGUAUCAUCAGCGACACCAUCCAACUCUACGCCAGAAUGCCCACCACCCCAACCGUCGAUUCGUCUGCUCUUCUCGUUGGUCUCGAGGCGUGACUUCUACCUGAUCGUCCUGCCCGCCAUUCUCACUUCGAUGCUCGCCGGAGGCGUCGCUCCUUUCAUGACAUACGUCGUCGGCGAGUCUUUCAACGCGUUCGCCAACUUCCCGACUACCCCGAACCCCUCCGAGUCUGCGAAGACCAGCCUGCUGCACGGUGUCGGCCUCGCCGCGCUCGAGCUUGUCGGCUUGGCCGCGGGCGCGCUCGCACUCAGCAGCAUCACCUCGAGCCUGUGGAUCUGGACAGGCGAGCGGAACCUGAUGGCGGUCCGCAAGAAAGUGUACGCAGCCGUCACGCGCAAGGAUAUGGUCUGGUUCGACACCAAGAUGGGUGCGGAGGACUCGGUACAGGUAGCCGAGGGGGAUGGUCCUCUCGGUGCUGGUGGUCUCAUGGCAAAGUUUGCCAGAGAGACGGAUGAAGUCCGGAUGGCGUCGUCGCUGGCGUCUGGCUUCAUCAUCCAGUACCUGACCACUUCGAUUACCUGCCUCAUCCUCGCCUUCGUGCAGUCGUGGUCGCUUACCCUGAUCAUCCUAUCCGCCGUCCCGGUUCUCAUGGUCAUCCAGACCGCGUCGCAGAUCUUCGCCGGUGCGCACCUCGGUGUCGAGCGCGCUACCACCGCCACUGCAGCCACUCUGGUGGACCGCGCCGUGGCAGCUAUCGCCACGGUCAAGGCGUUCAACGCGGAGACCCACGAGCAAGAGACCAUCGGCCGCGUCCUCGACGCGAUGCAGGUUGCGGCGAACAAGUGCAUCACCGUCUGGGGCAUCACGUCCAGCCUCGGGCAAUUCGUUAUGAUGGCGAUGUUCGUGCAGGGCUUCUGGUUCGGCUCGAAGCUCGUGCGCGACGGGACGAUCACUCCCGGCGCCGUGAUGUCGGUCUUCUGGGCGUGUCUCAUCGCGACUAGUAACCUGCAGAUGUGCAUCCCGCAGCUGAUUGUGCUCAGCAAGGGCAAGUUCUCCAUGGCCGCGCUCUUGACUCUCGUGGAGUCCGCCCCGGCCUCGCCCGUUGCACAGUCGAACUCGACCGUCCACGCGCCCCUGAAGCCCACGAGGCGUCCGACGCACAUCCGCAAGAUCGUCCCGGCCAAGUGCCGCGGCGAAUUUGAGCUUGACGGCGUCACGUUCGCGUACCCCAGCCGGCCGACGAUGCCGGUCCUCCAGGACGUCUCGAUCUUCCUCCCCUCGAACGAGACGUCGUUCAUCGUCGGCGGCUCCGGGUCGGGCAAGUCCACCAUCGCGCAGCUGCUUGUCCAGAUGUACGCGACCGCCGAGGGCGCGAUCCGCUUCGACGACCAGGACAUGAGGUACCUCGACGAGGACUGGAUGCGCUCGCACGUCGCUGCGAUCUCCCAGGGAUGCAUCCUCUUCGACAUGACCGUCCACGAGAACGUCGCGAUGGGCCUCGCGUAUUCGGGCAGCUGCCGCCGCCCAGAGGAUGUCACUCGCGCGGAGGUCGAGGCUGUCUGCCGCGCGGCGCUCAUGCACGAGUUCGUUAGGGACUUGCCGGAAGGAUACGACACGCGUCUGGGCAACGGCGGCGCGAACUUGUCGGGAGGUCAGAAGCAGCGUCUGGCCAUCGCCCGUGCGCUCUUGCGCAACCCCACGGUCCUUAUUCUUGACGAAGCGACGUCCGCGCUGGACGCGACUUCGCGCAUUCUCGUGUUCGAGGCCAUCAAGCGCUGGCGCACGAACAUGACCACAAUCGUGAUCACCCACGACCUGUCCCAGAUCGAGCCGGAGGACUUCGUGUACGUGCUCAAGUCUGGGCAGGUCGUCGAACAGGGCUUCCGUAGCGAGCUCGAGUGCUUCGCAAAUGGCGAGUUUCGGCAAAUGGUCUUCACUCAGGAGGCCUCGGGUGGCUUCCAGGAGAAGCCUCAGGCAGAGGCCGAGGCUGUCCCCGUCGAAGCUAUCCUGGAGCAGCAAGACGUGGAGAUGCAGGAGGAGCUCGCCGCGUUCAAGGACACGGCAAAGACCCUCAAGCACCGCAGUGUCGCGCCCACCAUUCGGCCCCUGACGCUGGGUAACUGGAUGUUCGAGGCCGUCGCUGACCUUACGAAGCCAAGCGCGCCCCCCAAAGCCGUCCUGGCGGCGCGCGAGACGCAACGGAUCAGCCGGUUUGUCCCUCCUGAGGAGGAGCCUACGGAGGAAAUCGCCAAACAGCGUCGCAGGAAGACGCUGCACAUUGACAUCCCUUCGCUCGCCUCGCCCCCGGCGACUCUCACGUCGGCGAGCCAUCGUUACAGCCUGCAGUUCACCCCGACGUCCCCCACACUCUACUCCCACCGCUCCACGACCUCCCUUCUUUCUCCGAUCGCUAUCGACGACGAAGACUUCGACCUCGAGAAGGCAGCCCUGCAACGCACCGCCACCGAGGCCACGUCGAAGAGGCCCGAGAUGAAGCGCGUCCGCACGCGUUGGGACGAGAAGAGCCUGGCAGCCCUCACGGCUGUCAAGGUCGAAUCGUCUGAUGCGCCUGCGCACGAGGAGGUUGCCUCUGAGUCGUCCUCCUCGCAGCAGUCCUUCUGGAGUCUCAUCCGCGACAUCUACCCCACACUACCCAGCAAGCCGCUUCUGGUGUUUGGGAUGCUCUGCUGCCUUGCCAGCGGCGCGAUGACCCCCUUGUUCUCUUUCCUCCUGUCUCGCAUUUUCUUCGAGGUCUCCAUCGGCGCGAAGGACGUCUCGACAAUCAACAUGUUCGGGGGGAUCGUCCUGGCUGUUGCCGUGGCUGACGGACUAUUCAUUGGACUGAAGUACGCGGUGAUGGAAGUCGUCGCGAUGUCGUGGGUCACUCGCGUGCGCAAGGUGUGCCUCGCGCGCCUGCUAGCGCAGGACAAGAAGUGGUUCGACAAGACGGACAACAGCGCCGUCCGGAUCGUGCAGAUCCUCAUCAAGGACGGGGACGACGCGCGCUCGCUGAUCGCCACCGUGCUCUGCCAGGCGAUCGUCGUCUCUGCGAUGCUCGGCGUCGGCCUCACCUGGGCUCUGGUGCGGGGAUGGCAGCUAACGUUGGUGGGCUUCGCGAUCGCGCCAGUGUUUGCGAUCACCAUGGCCGUGCAGACCAACUUCGUCGCGAAGUGCGAGAUGAGGAACAAGCGCGCUCGGGAGGACGUUGCGAAGGGAUACUACGAUGCUAUCUCCAACAUCCGCGGCAUCCGCGCCAUGGGCUUCGAGAGCGCCUUCCAAAGCAAGUUCGACCAGUCCGUCGACUCGGCUCUCUCCAUGGGACUGCGUGGCGCCUUCGUGGAGGGCUGCACCUACGGUGUCGCAAGUGCCCUCAUCUACCUCGCGGAGGCUGUGUUGUUCUACGUCGGCGCGGUCCUCAUUGCUCGCGGGACGUACUCCUACCUCCAGAUGGUCCAGGUCCUGAACCUUGUUGUGUUCUCCGUGUCUAUCGGUUCGCAGCUUAUGGGCUUUACGCAAAGGAUUGCCAAGUCCGUGCAGGCUACCCGUGACUUCAACAUGCUCCUCAAGCUUUCGACGUUCACCGACGAGUCCCGCGGCGUCCUACGCCCGGAAAUGCACGGCAACGUUUCUCUCAACAAUGUUUCCUUCGCUUACCCGGAACGCGCCGACGUUCCCGUGCUGAAGGACCUAUCUCUCGAGAUCGCGGAGAACGAAUGCGUUGCCAUCGUAGGUGCUUCUGGAUGUGGCAAGUCUACCAUCGCCGCUCUGUUGCAACGCCUAUACGAGCCCGAAGCGGGAUCCAUCAGCAUGGGACUGAACGAACUGCGGUCUACUGACGUUCACCACCUACGUGACCACGUCGCCGUCGUCAGCCAACACCCGAACCUGUUCGACACCACCGUCACCGAGAACAUCGCAUACGGGAACAAGACACUUUCUGUCGAGGACGUGCAACGAGCCGCAAAGGCGGCAAACGUGCACGACUUCAUCGAGUCGUUGCCAAAGGGCUACGACACGCUCGUCGGUGAGAACGCAUCGCUGAUCUCAGGCGGGCAGGCCCAGCGCCUGCAGAUCGCGCGAGCACUCGCGAAGCCGGCGCGCAUCCUGAUCCUCGACGAGUGCACGUCUGCGCUGGACGCGGAGAACCAGGCGGCGAUCAUGGAGACGCUUAUGCAAGCUCGAGUCGGCCGGACCACACUCGUAGUGACGCACAAGCUGCAGAUGAUGCGGAUGUGCGACAGAAUCGUCGUCGUCCAUGACGGCGUCGUCGCUGAGUCGGGCACGUACGAAACGCUGAUGCAGAAGCGUGGCGUGUUCGCCCAGCUGGCGAGCGGUGGCGAAUGGACAGGUGACUGACCUGUGUUCUGAUUUGUUUCUCUCUUUCUCUCCUGUCUUUCUUUUUCUCUGGUCUCUCAUCUCGCACAUGUAGCAUUGAACAUUUCACGCCCCGCACACACCUCUCAUGACUGCAAGAUUAUUUGAUACCACCCCGA